GUGCUAUUGCCAAGUCAGCGCGGGCAGCAGGGGUGUGCCUUCAGCAUGCUGAGCACUAUGCUGCUGAAAUUUCCAGGGAGCUGAAAGGUCCAGAGUCCCUGGAAGAUGGGAUCGGCACAGAUGACUUUAAGAUUGGGGACAGAGUGUGGGUCAACGACACCAAGCCAGGUGUCAUAGCUUUUAUAGGCGAGGCAGAGUUUGCCCCAGGUGAAUGGGCAGGCAUUGUCCUAGAUGAGCCUAUUGGCAAAAAUGAUGGCAGUGUUAUGGGAGUCAGGUAUUUCCAGUGUGAGCCGAAGAGAGGAGUGUUUUCUCGCCUUAGUAAGUUGUCACACAUGCCCCGGUCACCUUCAGCCUCUCAGGGACAUGAUAGCACUGCAAGUGAUGCUAAACCCUCAGACAUUAAGUCGCUGACAGCUGUUACUGCGGCAACCAGCAAUGGGGUUACACCUGCUGCCUCGUCAAGGCCAUCAUCUCGGCUUGGUUUAAGUGCCAGCAAGAACCUGUCAUCAUCAUCUUCAAGUCUUCACAAAACAUCUUCAGCUGGAGCUACACCCACAAGUGUCGGCGGUUACGGGGUAACCCCUUUGAGGUUGCCUGGCACCAUGCCGGGUGGUGUCAGGGUUGGAGACAGGGUGCUUGUGAGUGGCUCCAAGUCUGGGGUCCUCCGCUACAUUGGGGAGACAGACUUUGCCAAAGGGGUCUGGGCUGGUGUGGAGCUGGAUCAGCCAAUGGGCAAAAACGAUGGAGCUGUGGCAGGCAAAAGAUACUUUGAUUGCAAACCCCUGCAUGGGUUAUUUGCACCCGUUCACAAAAUCUCUCGAGCUGGCUCGCUGACCUCCACCCCCUCACCCCACUCAAGGCCACUCAUGUCCACCAGCCUGCGCAGCUCCCGAGAACACAGCGGCAGCCAGGAGAGUGUGCUCUCAAUGUCCUCCACGGCUUCAAGUGUGUCGCGAUCACGGGUAAGGUUGGGAGUCACCUCGUUGGCCAAUCAGGGAUCGAAAACAGGCCAGAGGCCCAGCACUCUGAAUCUCUCUGCCACAACUGCAGCUUUGCAGAAAACUUUGAAAGAAAAAGAGGAGCAUAUAGAGCAGUUGCUGCGAGAGCGGGAUCUAGAGAGGUCAGAGGUUGCCAGAGCUGCAGCUCAUGUGGAUGAGGCUGAAGGGCAGCUGAGUUCCAUGAGGUCAGAACAAGACAGGCUGCGGAUGGAAGCAGAAGAGCAGAUUGCCAAAUACAGAACAUUGGUUGCUGAACUAGAAACUGAAAAGCUAGAGUUGCAAGCAUUUCUGGAGGAAGAGAAAAGAAAAGUGGAAGAUCUGCAGUUUCAGCUAGAAGAAGAAGCCUUGAAAGAUGAUGAAGAUGUGAAAACAAAUGCAGCGAGUGAGUUACAGUUGAAAGAGCUGGAGAGACAAGCCAAGAAAGAGAAAGAGCGAGCAGAUAAACUGGAGGCAGAUUUACAAGAGCUAAAGACAAAACUGGAUGAGCAACAGAAAACAACAAACGAAGCAAAAGCUGCCCAGACCUUAUAUCUGGACCAGAUUGAGGAGCUGACCUACAAGCUGACCCAGGCAGAAUCCAAGAUCAAAACUUUUGAGUCCACACGUCUGGAAGAUGGAGCUAAGACAAGCCAAGUCAAUAUGGAACUGUCAGAGAAGCAGAACCGCAUACGGGAGUUAGAAGAACAGCUAGCACAGCAGCAGCAGGAGAUGUCAGCCAUGUCCCAGCAGCUGAAUGACGUGAGGGAGGAGCUUAUUGCAAGCAAUGAGAAGAGAAAGAAUCAGGAGGAAUUAAUUCAGGAUCUGACAAACAGACUCAAACAGGCUGAUGAUGACCGCAGACAAUUGGUAGAACAGCUGCAGAAUGCUAGCUCAAACAUUGGAGAUCUUCAGAGGCAACUGGCAUCCAGCAAAGAGAAAGCUGAGCAGUUGGCAGUAGAAAGAAACAGGCUGGAAGUGCAGUUAUCAGAGCUGAUGAAAAAUUCUGGAGACAGCUCCAGCCAGCUAGCCCAGCUGAAUGACCAACUCACCGAGAGGAGCAGGAAAAUCCAGGAUCUGCAAAAUGACCUAUCCAACUAUUCUCAAAACCUGGCAAAAGCAGAAGAGUCCUACCAAAAACUGAAACAAGACAAGGACAGGGAGCACCAAGAGACUGUGAAACAGUAUGAUGAAAAAAUCCUUCAGUUCACUGAUCAGAUCCAGGAAUUGACAGCGGCACUGGAAAAGCAGAAAGCAAAAAGCAUUCAGUUGUCAGAAAAUUUUGAAUCUGAAAAGAAAAAAGUCUUUGAACAAAAGGAGAUGCAGAUCCGUGAACUGCAGCAGCAGCUGUCUCAAGCAAACAGUGAACUCAGCAAACAGCAAGAUACAGUCACUGCUCACAAACAGCUGUUUGAGAAACUCACCCUGGAGAAGGAAGAAUUACAGUUUGAGAAACAGCAGAUGGAGAAGCAGUUGAAGCGGGUGGAUGAAGAAAAAUGUAGCAUUAACUCCGAGCUUGUACAGGUCAGGGGGGAGCUCACCAAAUACCAGGAGGAGGUGGGGAGAUCUCAGGGGACACAGUCGGAGCUGCAGGACAAACUGGAGAGACUGACACUGCAGAUUGAGUAUGUCUCCAAAGCUAAAGAUGAGGCUGAAAAGUUACAAGAGGAACUCAAGUUACAGAAGCUGGAAGUGACUCAGGAGAAAGAUGCGUUAGAGCAGGAGAUGUCAAGUCUGAGAACAGAGAUCCUCAAGAAAGACGCCCUCCUUCAGGUCCUGCAACAGGAAGGAGACAAGUUCCAGAAGGAAUCAACAAAAAAGGCAGAAGAAUUGUUAUGCAAAUCACAAACUGAGGCUGACUUUUUGAAACAGGAGCUAGAUGGGCUGAAGGUAUCUUUACAAGAAACAAAGGAUGAGCUGGAGUCGAAGAACUCCAAGAUCACAGAGCUGCAAACCCAGGUGGAGCUGCACAAGACACUGAUACAGGAGAAGGAGGGGCUUUUAAAUGAGAAAGUACAGCUUGUGAAAGAGAAAGAAGCAACAGAAGAAAAAUGCAGAAGCUUGGCUGAGAACAUCCAGAAGCAAAUAGACAAG